UCAACAACUACAGUAUUAAUCAAAGUUUGUCUUAUUUUAGAUUCAGCUUCCAAGAUCUGCAAUGCAAGACUGCAACAAGUAGGCAGAGCAAAGUCAGUCUCAUGUAAUAUGAGCAAUUUCUUGUCAAUCCUCUGUUUUGUCCUUGUCUUCAGCUGCGGCUUUGUCUCUGCGCAACAAAGAUGUGGAGACUCAUUGUUUUUCAGACCAAACAGUACUUACGAUACAAACCGUCGUCUCGUUCUCUCAACUCUUGCUUCGAACGUCAGUUCUCGAGACGGCUACUACAACGUCUCUGUCGGUGAGGGCCCUGGGAGGAUCUACGUUUUAGGCCUAUGCAUCCCAGGGGCUGAUCCAACGGCCUGCUCCGAUUGUAUCCAACCUGCGUCCGUUACUUUACUAGACAAAUGUCCGAACCAGACCAAUUCAUGGAACUGGAGAGCCGACAAGACGCUCUGUUUCGUCCGGUACUCAAACCGCUGGUUUUUUAACCAGAUCGAUCUAGAGCCGAACCAAGCAGAGUUUUUAAAUUUAGAUAUCACUGGAGAUCUUGCGGAGUAUAACCGAACAUGGGAGGGUUUAAUGUCGCGUGUGAUAUCAGCAGCUUCCUCGACAACUCCCGGGUCGCUUGCGGGCCGACAUUACGCAGCGAGUACAGCUCCUUUGUCCGGUUUCCGGACAAUAUACGCAUUGAUGCAAUGUAUUCCGGGGAUUUCUUCUGUUGAUUGCAAUGCUUGUCUUCAAGCAAAUGUUCGUAGCUACCAAGGUUGUUGCUGGGGGAAGCAAGGGGGUAGCAUUAGGAGACCUGUUUGCUUUUUCCGGUUUGAUCCUUAUCCGUAUCUCGAAGCAUUUGAUGAUAUAGCAUCGUCCCCUCCUCCUCAAAUCUCUCAAGAUUUACAACCCACAACAUCACCUCCCCAUCCUCCUCCAGAUGGUAAAGCGAUUUCUACAGGAGUUAUAGUGGUGAUCGUUGUAUCCGCGGUCAUAUUUGUGGCGCUGGUAGCUUUAGUAUUGGUUGUUUUGAAGAGAAGGCAGUCAUACAAAACACUUAAGCUUGAAACUGAUGAUGACAUUACACGUCCACAUUCAUUACAAAUUGAUUUCAAGACAAUUGAGGCCGCUACUAACAAAUUUUCUAGGAGCAACAAAGUCGGUCAAGGUGGAUUUGGUGAAGUUUACAAGGGAAAAUUACCAAAUGGAGCUGAAGUUGCGGUGAAGAGAUUGUCUAGAAAUUCAGGACAAGGCACACAAGAGUUCAGGAACGAAGUUGUCGUUUUGGCAAAGCUUCAGCAUAGAAAUCUUGUUAGGCUUCUUGGGUUUUGCGUGGAAGGAGAUGAACAAAUACUUGUCUACGAGUUUGUUCCUAACAAGAGUCUUGAUUAUUUCCUCUUUGAUCCAAUAAAGCGACGACAGCUGGAUUGGACAAGACGGUACAAUGUCAUUAGAGGGGUUGCGCGAGGGAUUCUCUAUCUUCAUCAAGAUUCAAGGCUCACAAUCAUACACCGUGAUCUCAAAGCUAGCAACAUUCUUCUAGACAAUGAUAUGAACCCGAAAAUAGCGGAUUUUGGCAUGGCAAGGAUUUUCGGGAUGGAGCAAACUCGUGCCAACACUAGCAAGAUAGCUGGAACCUUCGGUUACAUGGCUCCUGAGUAUGCCAUGCACGGUCGAUUCUCCAUGAAAUCUGAUGUCUACAGCUUUGGAGUCCUUGUUCUUGAAAUAAUAAGUGGCAAGAUAAAUAGUAGCUUCAACCAAACAGAUGGAUCUGCCAGCAAUUUAGUCACACAUGCAUGGAGACUAUGGAGAAAAGGUUCGGCUUUAGAACUAGUAGACUCCUCUUAUAGGGACAGUUAUCAGAGAAAUGAAGUUACAAGAUGCAUUCAUAUCGCACUUUUAUGUGUUCAAGAAGAUCCUGGUGAUCGUCCUACGAUGUCUAAAAUCAUUUUGCUGCUAACUAGUAGCACAGUCACAUUACAAGUGCCUCAUGCACCUGGAUUUUUCUUCCGAAGUAGUCGGGACCAAGAUUUAGAAGCUGAGGGCUCGGAUUCGUUUGGAAAACCAAUUGCUUGUUCUAUCAAUGAUGCAUCGGUCACAGAGUUAGAUCCUCGUUGAAGAUGAUAUUAUUAUAUUUUUUUCUUUAGCAGGUGAAGGUUAUAUUAUUUUUCAUUACAUUUUAUGUUUCUUUAGUUGUCUCUUUUGGUUUAGGAAAACUGGACUGUAUGUUAACCAAACAUUUAAAAAUUA